AUGAGAAGCGAGAGAUCCCACCAGUCCCUGUCAAGUUUGAUGAGACUUCUAAUCCUUUCGGUUCUGUUGGCUGCGUCUGCUGCGGCUUUUUCCUCCUCCAAUCUUCCAAAACAAAGGAGGGUCCACCAAUCCAUCGCUUUUGACGGACUAAGGGAUACGCCACAGCCUGUGGAAGAACCACUCGACCACGACAAUGUAACAGGGCCGCCCAUGACAAGACGACGACCCUGGAAACUGCUCUCUCGUCUGAGAAAGAGCAUACCAAUAGAACGCAAGCUGGCUUGUUUCGCCAUUGCAGUACUGACGUAUCUGCGAGGGCCUACCCUGUUGGGCAGUGAUCCCAAUGUCGCCCAUGCCGGUGUUCAAGUCAAGUUGUCAGGAGUGAAGGUCGAGGCUACCGUCAAAGAUCUUCCACCGCUCAUUGUCAUCAAGCCAAAACCCGCUCCCAAACCAAUUCCUGCUGCCGCCAAACAGAAAACUGCCGAGAAACCUACAACGAGCGCGAAACCCAAACCCAUAGCCGCAAAACCACCAAGUGCCACCAAACCAACAACCAAGAAACCAGCAGCACCAAAGAGGACUCCCCGUCCAGAAGGAACCUUGACAACCGAGAACAUCCGGAAACAGUUUCUUGACAGCAGUCAAUUCAAAAUUGGGACAGCCGUUGUGGCAGCUGGUAGCGGGAUUUUUGUAGGCUACACUGCCCACCGCCAAAGCAAGGGAGACGAACAUGGCGACACUAAUGGGGAUCAAAGUGGCAGCAGUCAAUCAAGAAUCAUAAGGGAAGAAGAACUACGACGACAAAGGGAAGAAGCAUUCGUCAAGGAAGCAAUGAGAAAGGUGAAAGAAGAACGGGCCAAGCUGGAAACAGAAGCCAACAACAAGAAAUCCUCCAAUCCACUGAAAGAGACCGUGGCAAGAAUACAGGAAACCUUGGCUGCCAAACGGCUCGGGUAUCUAGAGAAGCUACCGGUCAAUUAUCAAGAAGGUACAGAAAACAGAGCGGAUUUUUUGUCUACCAGUGCGUUUUUCGCUCGUGACUAA